AUGAAGCUCCCAACAGGUAUUCCUAAUCCUAAUAAUAAAGUAUGCAAACUACAAAAAUCUUUAUAUGGGUUAAAACAAGCAUCAAGACAAUGGUUUGCUAAACUUCACAAUGAAUUACUUCUCCAAGGAUUUAAACAAUCCAAGAAUGAUUAUUCUUUGUUCAUCCAAACCACAAAUUCUUCUCUAACUAUAGUUGCUGUUUACGUUGAUGACAUUAUUCUCACAGGUAAUGACCACACAAUUAUUACUCAGCUCAAGCAUCAUCUACAUAAAGUCUUCAGUAUCAAAGAUUUAGGAAGAUUACAUUACUUCCUUGGUAUAGAAGUGUCCUAUGUUCCUCAAGGUAUCAUUUUGACUCAACAUAAAUACACAAAGGAACUCCUCCAAGCAAGUGGGUUAAAUGAUUUCAAAGCUGCUGUCACUCCUCUACCACAGAAUAUGAAAUUAAGCUCAACUGAAGGAACCCUCAUAACUGACCCUCUCUAUUAUAGAAGCAUGGUUGGUAAGCUGAAUUUUCUCACAAAUACUAGACCUGACCUGGCCUACUCUGUCCACCACCUGAGUCAAUUCAUGCAACAACCAAGAGACACUCACCUCCAGGCUCUUCAUCACACUUUAGGAUAUGUUGCUCAUACCUCUGGACAAGGCAUUCUUAUGAAUGGAGCUGACAAACUUAUCUUACAAGCCUUCUGUGAUUCUGACUGGGCAUCAUGCCCUGAUUCAAGAAAAUCAGUGUCUGGAUAUAUUUUACAACUUGGCAAAUCACCUAUCUCAUGGAAGUCCAAGAAACAAGCAACAGUAUCCAGAUCAUCUGCAGAAGCUGAAUACAAAGCCAUGGCAAAUGCUGCAGCUGAAGUCACAUGGAUGGUUCGCCUGCUCACAGAUCUUGGCUUCCCUAUUCAUGAACCAGUUACACUCCACUGUGAUAAUCAAUCUGCCAUUUACAUCGCCAAGAACCCAGUAUUCCAUGAACGGACAAAACACAUUGCUAUAGAUUGUCAUUUCACAAGAGAAAAGGUUAUGGAAGGUCUAAUACAACUGACAUACUUACCAACCUCUUCUCAAAUAGCUGAUAUCUUCACAAAAAUUCUUCCCUCACACCAGUUCAACAAGCUACUGACCAAUCUUGGUGCUAUCUCAGCCAAGAUUGUAGGGGGUGUUAAGAAUACUACCACCUAUACCAAUGAACAUGUGCCAUAA